GUUCAUUCUUCCACAACAGUGUGACAGUGUGUCCGGGCUAGGUAAAGCUGCGCGCUCAGCUUUGAGGGCCGUCUUUAUUUACUUCUGCGGAGCGCUUUUCGGCGAGUGUCUAUUUCCGGUUUCCUCUCCUGUGGCUUGAUGCGCAUCGUGCGCCGGAAAUGGCCUCGGGCAACAACAACAAACAGAACCACCAAGCCGUAAGCAUGUUCCAGAUGAGCUCAAACUACGAGGAGCUGAACGUGAUCGGAACGGGUGCCUACGGUACGGUUUACAAAGCUCGAGAUCUUGGCAAUGAGGGCAAAAUUGUUGCACUGAAGAAGGUCCGGGUGGCCCUGACCGAGGACGGUGUUCCGAUGUCCACGUUGCGAGAAAUCGCGCUGCUGAAGCAACUGGAUGCGUUCCAGCAUCCCAAUGUGGUUAAAUUACUGGACGUUUGUCACGGACCCCGGUUAGAGCGCGAGGGUCAGCUGGUUUUGUUCCUGGUCUUCGAACAUCUGGAGCAGGACCUGGACGAUUACAUCAAGCGGCUUCCUCCGGGAGGAAUGCCUCGAAUGACAAUUCAGCGCCUCUCCCGCGAGCUGCUGACCGGUGUCGACUUUCUGCACUCGCACCGCAUCAUCCACCGCGAUCUGAAACCGCAGAAUCUCCUGAUUUCGGCCCAGGGUCGGCUCAAGCUGGCCGACUUCGGGCUCGCCAAAACGUACGACUUUGAGAUGAAGCUGACGACGGUGGUGGUGACGCUGUGGUACCGGGCCCCGGAAGUGCUGCUCGGCGAGCCGUACCACAGCUCGGUGGACAUCUGGAGCUCGGGCUGCAUCAUCGCGGAAAUGUUCCAACGGGUGGCGCUGUUCCCGGGCACGUCCGAGGGCAACCAGCUGGAGAAGAUUUUCGAAUUGACGGGCCGCCCGUCGGAGAGCCAGUGGCCGCGCGGCAUCUCGGUGGCACGGGAAAACUUCCGGCCGACGAUCCAGCGGGAACCGCGCGAACUUUGCCCCAAGCUGUGUGACUUUUCCAACGACCUGCUGAAGAAAAUGCUCGCGUUCAACUCGAGGGAUCGGCCGUCGGCGUUUCAGUGUCUGCAGCAUGCGUACUUUACGCAGGAACCGAUGUAGAUGCGGUGUUCGCCCUCUUUCCCGUUUAAUACUGCCAUACAGCACCAGGACCAGG